AUGGCUAGCACAGAGAAACGCGACACGGACCCGUCGACGGGGCGCAAGGUGCCGUCGAAGCGAGUGAACCAGGCCUACUUGGUGCACCAGCGCUGGCUCGAGAAGCAGGAGCGUAUCAAGGAGCGCGCCAAGGCCCGGGCAGAGGGGCGCACGCUCGAGCCGUCGGACCUCGACGAGGACGACGACAAUGCGGCGCUCGGCAACUUUGUGUGCACCAUGUUCAUGACGGCGAUCAUUGUGGGUGUGAUCGCGGCGCUCAGUGGCCUGUUCCUGCACAACGAUAUGCUGUGGGGCUACCGCGGAAAGUGGACCAACUGGCACAACUACAUUCCUACCGAACAGCACGUCUUUACCAUGGAACGUCUCGCCGAGUUUAACGGCGAGCACCCGAACCGCCCGAUCUUGCUCUCGAUCAAGGGACAGGUGUUUGACGUGAGUGCGGGGGAGGCCAACUACGGCAAGGGCGGCGCAUACAACAUGUUUGCCGGACGCGACGCGUCGCGUGCGUACGUCACGGGCUGCUUCAAGACACACCUUACGCACGACACGCGCGGAUUUAGCGAGGCACAGCAGGCGAUGCUCGAUUCGUGGCACAAGUUCUACGCGAACCACCACACUUACUACAAGGUCGGCACCGCAAAGCUCCCGCCGAUCCAUCCCGCGUCACCGAUUCCCCCGCCAUGCCGCGACAAUGUGGCCCAAAAGCCCUGA